UUCACGUAAUAUUAAACAAUAACAGUAUUUCACUAACCUGACUUAACUAAACAUAAGUAACUAAAUUUCAACUAUAAUUAAAACACCUGCACUGUGCGAAAAAAGCGAGUUCUAAACAUCACCACAUCAAAUUCAGCAACAACACUAGGCACUGAAAUAAAACUCUAACCCUUCAUAUUCCAUCGAAAAACACUUCUAUCAUUUUGGAAGCAUUUUUAUGUGGAUUUACGAAACGGAUAUCCCAUUGAGAUUUCAUACUAGCGACUAACGGAUAUUUUUUACGUUAUCUCAAGCGAUAAUGUCAAAUAAAUAUCAUUUUCGCUUAUCGAAAAUUUAUUAACUUCUGUACGAAUGCUGAACUUGGUGCUAUAUGUGAAGCAGUUAGACAUACAUACAAACAAACAUACAUAUACAUAUAAGCGCUUACCCCAUAAAGAAACGGAGUAAUAAUAAACAAAAGCGAAAUAUCUAGGAUUAUUUUGCACCGUGGAAGCAGUUCGCCGCUUGUCAUUUUAAUCGAAGCGAACGUGUGAAAGCAUCGAGACGGAAUUGAAGCAACAAAAAUUCCACGCAAAAUACAGACAAACAUACACACAAAGGAAAGUAAAUUGAUUGUUAAUUGCAGUAAGUGCCGUUAGAAAAGCAAAGAAACGCUACAAGCGAAGCAAAAACGCAUUUACGUUGAGAAAUUUCGAUUGUCCCUUGCAAUACUCCUUGCAUUGGUGAUUACAUAAGCAGCGAAAUUGCAACGAUAACGGCAUGCGCUUGCUGCAGCUGACGUCAAAACCAGAUAACACAGACAACAGAUUAGUGAGCUGCAAAGAAAGUGAUUUACAUUUAAGCUGAAGGAAAAAUCUUCUAGAAAAAUUUCAUAUAAAAGAAGAUCUGCACACAAAAACAACAUGGAGCAUUUGGAUUUAGCUGGUGUGAUUAAUACACCAAACUUAUGGAAUAUGUCGGCAUUCGAUCAACAAGAUGCCAUAUAUUUGUCCAGUUCGAGACAGAUGCUGGAGCCAAUACUGGAAGAGACGUCGGAGGAUGAGGAGCAUGCACAAAAUAGCUGGAAUCAGUACGAGCAGACCAGAGAACACUUUUGGAGUUCAACGGAAUCGGAGACAGGCUCUGUCAUACGAGUCGAAGUUAGCAAAGAUCCCGAUUCGAUCUCAGAGCGCGAUUUCGCCUGUCCUGCCAAACGUGCGCGACGCUGCGAUGACUUCAUAAUCGGCGGUCAGCUGAGCUCAGUCGCGCAAUCCGCCAACACACAAGCACAAAGCCAAGCCGCACAGCCUGCGUCUGGCAGUUACGAUGACACAGUGCUCUUGCGUCGCACGCAACGUCCGUUUGAUUUCAAUGAGGCGAACAGCAACAGUUUGGAGCGCUUUCUCGCUUACGAAGCCUGCACACGUGACAGCUGGGGUCAGCCGACACAGCCUGUGGUGGCGCAACGUAACAGCACUGGCAGUCGUCGUUUCGAUGAAUAUUCCGAUUCGGAUAGCAUAUCCUAUCACUCACUCAGUCGUUCCUCCUCGCUGAUACAGUUUGAGUCAUUGGAACGACAGCUGCAGUUGCAGGAGCAGCAUGCGAGCAUGUCCAGUUUGGGCAACUCCUCACCCUCGCUGCUCAGUUUCGAUGGCGCACGCAGCACCGGCGCCUUGAAUGGCGAAGACGGCACGCGUAGUGGAGGCAACAGUGGCAGCAAUUCGGGCAGUAAUAGUCGACGUGGUUCGCAAAGCUCGCUGCUGAAACGUUUUGAGUCCUCCGAUGGCCGACUGCAUCAGACCUACUUCGAUUUGGAUAAGUUGAAUUUCGAUGAUGAUCAGCGUGUGCUAUUCGGCGCGAGUAAGGCCAAUUUGAUGGAGGCUACGGUGGGUGAAGUUAAAUCUGACUCUGAGUCAUCUACCAGUUCGAGCACUUCGUCAGGUAAUAGCAUUUUAACCGCAUCCAAGCCCUCGGCGGAAGAUUUGACGGACUCGGGUAGCACGGCGGGCACGCGUAAUGGCCGCAUCAUGGCUUUUCAGCGUGCCGGUAAGAGUUCGGCGGAGAAUCUAUCGGAAGACUCGGGCUACUGUGAACCGUCGACGCUGCGACGCGCCAAAUCGAAAAGUAUACCGAAGAAUUUCGAGAAAUUCUGCGAGGAGGAGGAGGAAUUCCAGCAGUACGACUACACCGUGGAAAGACAUACCGUCGAGGCCAUUGACAGUGUGACAAAAACAGUACAUCCACAAGAGCAAACACAACAACCACAUUCCAAAAGCGUCCCCAACCACAAUCAACACAUAAACACCGAUGUCGCGUCCACAAACCAUUACGUCGUAGGGCAUGAUAUAUGUCAGCCAAAAAUAAAUGACGCCACAUUCAUCGUAGCAACAGACGACGAAACGUCAUUCAGUGCGUCAACCACACCACCGCCACUACACAGAACAUCAUCACAAACACCAGCCCUCAACGGCGGGGAAGACGAACGUGAAGACGAUGUGGACGAAAGUGAUGAGGAGCGCAAUUCAGAUACAGAAGAAGCUAUUGGCUCGCGCUAUGUAUCGGCGUGUCCAACGUAUGAGCAUGUUAAAAAUAGCCCAACGCGAGAGGCGACCGCUGCCGCUUUGUCGCUCGAACAGCGGCGCUCGUUGGCGCACUCGCCUUCGCCUGUGGCGUCUGAUGUCUCAUCGUCGUCCGCGGCGUCGGCCUCAUCAGGCAGCAGUUGCGGCACCGCGCGAUCGAACACCUCAGCAUCCACAUGCGCAUCGGCCGCCUCGUUCACAUGGCUACCAACACCGAAACAAUUGCAACAGCAACAACAACAACUACAAUCACAAUUAGAACGAACGCAACGUGAAACGCCAGCAUUCGCCAAGUUAGAGCUAUUAGCGGCGCAAAAGCGUUCGACUCUCGAGAAUUUUUGUGCGAGUCUACGGAACAGUUUGCCAGAUAUACGCGACGCGUUAAGUUCUAAAACCUGCGAUACAGUUAACGAAACAUAUUUUCCCGUUUUAUCGGAGAAACGCAACGGUAGCGACGUGAACGACACAGACGAUACCCACGGCCACAGUCUGGAGCAUGCACGGAGCGAAACGAAGACGUCAGAACAUGAACUUAUAGAUAUUGAACGGUCGGACGGUGGUGCAAAUAUAGCAACAUACAAUUUAGACGAUUCGGACUUUAGUACGACAUCGACACCGGCAUCGGGCUCAGCAUCGGCGCGUGAAAGUCACAGUGACGAAACGGACAACGAGUCCACGCCAGAAGCUAGGAAACGACAACGUGUCUACAACAACACUGGCGGCGGUGGUGGUGUUGGCUGUAUUGGUGCAACCGAAAGUAGUGUUAUUGGUGGUUUUGGCGGUUACGUCAGUGGUGGAAGGCGCAUAUCGAGUGUGCCAAGCGAACUGAAUAAAUUGGGACGCAGAAAACGUGUUAAUACGCGCUAUAGACAGAGCAAAUCAUCGCCCGAAGAGGAGGCCACAAGUGAAACUAGUCCCAGUAAUUCCAGUGUAGACGAAGCUGAGGACGAGGACUUCUUCGACACCGUGACCUCGUACCGCAUACGACGUACUUGCAGUUGGUCCGAACGGCGUGAACGCAAUCUACAACGUUUCGAGGCGGCGUUCGGCGAUAGAGCGCAACGUGAGGGUCAACGUCAUUGGGCCAGUCAAUCGCUGGGUUAUAUGAACGCUAGCUAUCAGGACCUGACGCAACUUGAUUAUUCGGGCAAGCAGCUGGAGGCGGAUAAAAAACGCCUUAGUGUACAGACUAAUUUGAAACGCUGCUGCGACUACUUAACAAGUGAAGGCGAAGGUGAACGCGACUCGGACAGCGAAAACAUGGACACGCCCAAGAGUACGGCCAGCGCUGAUUAUGAGCAUAUAAUUUGCAAAGGCAAUUUCUUGCUGGAUGAACUGUCACAAAUAUACGAUCGCAACGUUUCGAUUUUAAAUGAUAAACCGAUUGAAGCCGACGAGCAUUUACUCUUGCCCACAACCGAAGACAACGCGGAGCGUCCGAGCUGCAGCCCGCGGCCACCGCCUCGUCAGCGCAAACAGUCCAACUCAAGUUAUUCGGAUAUGGACAGUGUUGGUGGCAGUGCGGCUUGCGCCGACGAGCAAGUGGCCGUGGCGCAGCAUGUGCAAUUGACCAUACGAAAACCGCCCGCGCGCCAGAAGCACGCACGCAAAUCCGAGGUCACACACAGUUUAAUUAGCGACGCGCCAUUAUUUUCGAGUGAUACAACAACCACAAAUACAGCGAGUGUGGCCUACGGUAAGACCUUCGAUCAGGAUCCAACCAACUUGCAUACCAGCUAUACGCAGAGUUUGGAGAAAUGCAACUUCGAUCCGAAGGAGCUGAGCAACAGCGAGUUGAAUAAGUCAAAUUCGAUACCGAAGCGUCGCUUUCACUCGCAAGCGAAUGCCGCGAAGCAGCGCAAUAUGGUGUCCAGCACGCCGAACCUAAAUGCCUACGAUCCGCAUGCGAACGAUGUGGAAGACGACAUGUACGUGUCAAGCGCACACACUUCAAUGCAUCAGCUGCCGCUGGGGGCCACACAGAAGCCGCUGGGCAUACUGCUGCCCGCAGGAUCGCGCACCUCUUUCAGCAAGGAAGUCAGCUUCUGUCCAGUGGUCUCACAGUACUCCUGGCAAGAGCAAUCCUCCGAAGAAUACGGUGAACAACAUCAACACCAGGAUAAUGAGCAUGCGGCGGGGGCGGAGAAGCAAGAAGAUACAGACGAUGAGCUGCUGGACAAUGCAGAUGCCACGGUAAUACAGAAUACACGCGUCAAUGAAAUGAUUGCGGCGCGCUAUGCCGCAGAAUUGAAGAGCGCGCUUGCCGCAGGCAACGCAACAAAGAGUGUCGCGCAAAUAAGAGCGGUGCCAAUUGAAAAAGUAAGAGCAAUGAUUAUUGUAAGAGAGCGACAAGCGGCUGAAGAGCAAGAGCGAGAACGCGCGCGUUUGCAAGAGCGUCCAAUAGGCUUGGGAGAGUGUGACGCUCAAGAGCAGGUAGAGAGCAGCAAUGGCGUGGAAAAAACAUCGCACAAAGCCACUGACUACAGCGUUGAGACAAAGGGAGAAGCAUUAAAACUCGACUCAAACGACAGCGCUGUCGCUAAUAAUGCAGACUACAGUGAGACGGUGAACGCUGGAACGGCGCAAUCAAAUGUUAGUCACAAAUCGACGAUCAUUGAAGCAACAACGAAUGUUGUACAGGCGGAACCAACGGUCAACGUAAAUGCAACUAGCGAAAGUAACGUUGUUAACAACGAAAGCGACAACGACGCGCAAUCUAAUCGGAAUAGCAGUUUUAGCGGUGUCAGUGGGGGUGCGGUCAGCGGCAACGAUAACGCCAGCGAUAGUUGUAACACGGCUGUUAGCAGUGCAGAGCCAACGCGUCCGCUCAGCAUACACCUGCCGAUAUUGAGUGAGCCACCCAUAAAUCGCGCGCAUCACAUACUCUACGCGUCGCAACAACUACUCGACAAAUUCGAGCGUCGCGAAAGUGAGCAAUAUUACGGUCAAAAUAACGGGCCCAAGUGUGAAAGUGCUAUAGGGGGUGUGGGCGUGGCCGAUAGGCGUGCGAAAAGUGUGGGUAAUUUGAGUGCGGCGCAAACGGCACGCUACAGAAUGUCGAACGCUGCAGUGGGUGUGGGUGGCCAAGGCGGCAGCGCUGCUGCGGCGGCCAACAACAACAAUGAGCUCUUGAACAAGAAAUUCAAGGAUGAGAAACAUCCAAGUUCUAAAGGUUUUCUGUCGCGUUUCGCGCACGGCUUGCGUUUCUCGCUGAGACGCAAAAACAAAAAACAAUUGCAACAACAACAACAGCAAUUGCAGGAGCAGCAAGACGGCGGCGAGCUGAACGGUGUGGACAAGUCGACAAUGCGUAAGAGUUUCGGUAAGUCAGCAACAUUGCCACAUAUAAAACAACAACAAAAUGUACAACAGCAACAAAAACAAAAACAAGCGUCUGUACAACAAAACAAGUCGUCAACGCAAAAUAACACUACACGUGCAACCGCUCAAAGCGGCCCCGACUAUAUUUACAUACCGCUAAAAGGUCCUAUACCAUCAGCAGGUACAUUUCCACAACAACAACAACAACAGCAACAACCACCAUCGCCAACGACUUCAGCGAACGGUAGCAAUUCGGCUACAUUGCCGGCCAACUUCAGUCCAGCUGUUGCAAAACAACAAAUGCCGGCAGUAGCAGCAACAACAACAAACGCAAACAAUAACAACAGCGCCACCAACGGCAACGCGAAACCCGCCACUAUCAACUCGAACAAAAGCGGCAGUGACAAGAAUACUAUGCGCGCCAUCACAGACCGUAACGGCGAGCCGCUAGUUACCGGCAAACCGCCGAAGCCCUAUCGUUACGGCGGCAUACCGGCCACCACCUCUAGCACGACCAUAAUCACCAAGUACUUUGGCAGUGGCCGACGACAUGGCGGUGGCGGCGGUGUGCCGGCACAUGCGCACAAGGAUGGCAAUGGCAUGCCGAAUGCAGCCAACUUCAAGUCGCGUAGUCAAUUCUACACUGAUUUCCUCGAUGCCGAACGUUCGUACUACGAUGACGAUGAAAUCGAAAAACAGUUAGAUGCGGGCUUGCAAGCGAACGGUAACGCAGUCACAGCAACGGCAACGCCAACAAACGACGCGCCCGCUAAUGUGACAAGCACGUCGGCCGUAACGGAAGUGCUGUCACAAAAAACGGGAAGAGAAAACAACCAACGCGACGCAGAUAGUUCGAGUGAAAACGCGAGCGUUGGAACGGCAACAACAGAACGCAAAUAUUCGGUGGAGUACGAGACUCCGUCGGCGGCACUAGAGACGGCUCAAGUCGCUUACUCCUUGCCGGGUGUUACACGCGAAACCGUUAUGUUAUUAACAACCGGUUCCGGCGUGGCGAAUGCCGGCGACGGCAACGGACGCAUUGUCGCGCCCACCUACACAACCAUGUCGAACGCGUAUUUGCAACAUACCAAUAACAAUAACAAAAUCGGUUUAAUCGAAACCAAUUUGGACACACACGAAACGGUCAUAUCGGGUAAGACGCGUUCGCUGGUGGACAUUGUCGGUCCACAGCAGCAUCAACAGCAGUACGUUGUUGUUGGUGGUGCCGGCGGUGGCGGUGUGGCGAAACGUUUGAAUAUGAGCGCGGCUUGCGGCGGUAAUGCGGACUUGGAUGAGGACGAUGACGAUGACGAUGUGCGUGUUUACGGGCGCGAUGUUGGUGGCCGGGGCGGUGGCGCUGUUGUCAUCAAGUCAACAACAGCUAAUGGCAGUCAGAUAGCGUCGGUGCGUCGUCCGCACAAAAGUAUGGAAUUCCUGUUGGACAAGGAGAAUCAGAAAAAUGUUUUGGCGCCCGAAAAUGAGCUACAGAAAUCGCAUGAACACAAUCCGGCCGCCUUGAGCGAACACCAGCUGCGUGUGCAGGCUUCACUGCAGCGCCUUAACAUACCAGACUGGUUCCGACAAUACAAUCAGAAUACAUCACGCUCGCCGGAGGGCAAUACGACCGCCUACAAACCGGGCAAUUUCACACGCAAACGCACCACAGAAUCCGGCCGUUGGGCGGGACUCAACUCGAAAACCACAUCGCUCAGUUCGUUGGGCUCCCAACGCUCCGACCGCAGUCCACUACUACUCAGCCCCUCUGCGCAUAGUCAUCACGGCGGACAGGCGGCGCAACAACAUGGCACCGCUGGUACUAGCGUUUAUAGUGCAGCUGGCGGCGGCGGCGGUGGUGCAGGCGCAUUCUCGCGCUGGUCCACAUCGCAUCUGAAUUCGUCACAAACAUCGCCGAGCGUGUCGCAACGUGGCUCCUUCACACGUGGCGGCCCGAUCAACUCCAGUUUCAUAUCGGUGGCUAGCGGACAAAGUAGUGUGAUAAGAAGUUCCUACCGGCAGCCAUAUUUGGGUUGGCGCAGUCAGGAGAAGCUCUCACAGCGCACCCCACAUGAACGCUUGGCCUCGUCGUUACUCGCGCAACAACAACGCACAUCGCCUACACAAAGGACCGCCGGCGUCACCGCGAACGGUGACAAUGGCAAGCUGCAACCGGUCACACCGGAAAUACAGAGCUCCAUCAAGGAGGUCACCUCGGCGAUUGUGCACUAUGUGAAUGAUCAGACGCARCAACAACAACAACAACGCAGCAGAUCGGCGAGUCCCAAUUCGAGAAAAUGUUGGCUUGAAUCCUCAUUUGUUGGCAUACGACCACUGGACUCACCGCAAACACCGGUCAUCGAGACGACAGCAACCGCAUUUAGUAGCGCUACGAAUACCAACAACAAUACAGCAACUAACAACAGCAUUAGCAGUCAAUACAAUAAUUAUAAUUAUAAUUACAAUUACAAUACAAGUAAUUCAUCAUCAAAUACAUUAACGGCAAUAACGACACCAAAUAGUGUUGGUGGCAUCGGCAUCACCACAGCGAUAACAACAAAUCCACAUGUGUUACGCAUGAACGGUCUGAGUAUCGUUGGCGGUGCGCCAGAACGCUCGUUGAGCACCGCUUCGCUAGAAGAUGUCUUAGCCUCACUAUUAGGACUGCCAUCGUCGUCAGCGUCGUCCAGUGGUGGAGUGCAGGGCGUGAACGUGGGCGCUGGUGCGGGUGCGGGUGCAGCUCUUGGCGCUAGCGUCGGCGUCGGCGUCGGCGUCAACGUCAACGCGGGGCCCGCCGCCACAAGUGAUCCAUACGCUAGAUCCACGACGACAGGCGAUUCAGCUAGUCAGUCCCUGGUAACAUUCCGUCAUAUGCCGCAGCAGCAACAACCACCACAAAUUCCCCAAUCCCAGACGCAACUACAGCAAUCCCAACAACAACUACUACUAGUACAACUACAGGCCGAACAGCAGCGUUUGCGCCGGCGCAGUGAGGGCGAUGCACCGCAACAACAAAAACAACAACAACAACAGCAACAAAAUGCCAAAACCAAUUCGUCAACCGGCAACAGCAUCGGCACAACGACGCAGCACACCAACGUUGUCGGGUACUACCAAGAUGCCAGCGUCAACAGUCACCACACGUCAACCGUCGGUGGCGUUGGAGGUGGCAGCGGUGUCAUCGGCGCCGGGAACGCCACGCUGUCGACGCGCCGUGUCUCGCUCGGCGACAGUUCCGAGUCCAAUAAUAAGACCACAUCCGAGCUGCAGAUCAAGUGCCGCAACACCAAGUGCGAUCGUAGCGCCACACCCGCAGACGCCAAAAAGUAUUACAAGUCAUGCCACAAUUGUACCCAUCUAUAUUGUUCGCGUGAAUGUCGGCGCGCCCACUGGGAGAAGCACCGCAAAGCAUGUCUACACUCACGCGCGUCGAAUUUGUGCCGCCAAGUGUUAGCCACGUGUAAGGAUGAUGUCGAUUCGCAGCGCCAUCUCAGUUUGUUAGCGCGUAAGGGCUUCCUGUCGCAGGGGCGCGGCGUUGUGCGGGUGCUCUUCCGUUCCGCCGAGGCGGCUGAGAGUUUCAUCAAGCACGGCUUUCAGUGUAUGGGCGAGGCGUCCUAUGUGCGUUGGCCCGAUCUGAUGCCCGCCGAAAUGGGUCUCGAGCUGUACUCGGAAUUGCUGAAGUUAAGCACCGAAUACAAGCCGGACUCCAAGAUGCUCAUCUACGUGGCCAUAUGUGUGGUCAGCGAAGCGCCGGGCAUGGGACAGGCGCCAGUACGCUGGGAACGCCAGCUGGUCUCGCGUUGUGCCAAACUGAAACUCUGCAAGAGCAUCCUAGCUGAAUUGGAGCAACAACAUCAGGCCCUACAACUACAACAACAACUGCAGCCGCAGCCACCGUUAACAGUGGUUGCCGUGCCGGAGCCCACCACCGAGAUACUCAUACUCACAUUCAAUCCAAGUUUACGUUCAAAUAACGGUCACGGUGAACUCAUACUCUCCAAUAUCUUGGAUAUCUUGUCACGACGUGGUGUGCUCUUGCGCAAACAUUAUCCCGAAAUUUAUCAACGCCUGCAAACCUUCACCGACGGACAAACGGAUAAAUUCAAUCCGGUAACCUUGCAUCCGCGCGACUCACAAACCGGCAAAAGCUUCGUGUGCAUCAUUAUGCCAGUCCAUACGUCCGACAAUGAUGUCAUCAAGUUGCCGUCGGCAUCGGAUGGCGGCAAUCGUGUGACCACCAUCGAUGUGGGCUCACCGGCUGCGUUGGCACAACUAGAUGACGACGAGCUGCUCACACGUUCUACAAGUUGAUUUUUAAAAAGCAACGGUCGUAGUGGUACCAAGAAACGCUCCUCGUCGACGGGCUCGACCGGUUCGACGGCGUCGGAUCUCUUAUUGAUGUCCGCAAGCGCGGAUGGUGCCGCCUGCUCUUUGACGCUGGAAAGUACACGCAUGUAGAGGGUGUGUCAUUUGCUUCAAGGUCAUAUCGGAUAUAGGAACGCAGCUUAUGUAGUUUUAAGACAGUUAUAUUAAUAGCUAUACAUACUAAUAUACACAAAACAUGCAUAUAGUCUUAUAAUCAAUCUCUCUUAUAGCCUGAUUAUCGAACAAAAGAAGCUUCCUCUCUUAGCCACAUUUAAAGGAACGCAUACCGAACUCGUAUUUAGACACCGCACACCGCAUACAACAUAACUAUGAACUUUAUACAAACAAAGUCUCUUUAGAAGUAUAAUCGGGAAAUCUUCCACAUUUCGCUCAUAUCAUGCUAAUUUUCGGAAAUCGUCUAAUAUUUAUGCAUAAACAUACAUACAAGUACAACAAUACUUCUUCAUAUUCGUAUUUAGCUAGAUAAUAUUUGUGUUAUGUGCUUUCUUAGUGUUAAACAUUUGUAUAAAUAUAAGUCAAGAAGUCAUGGGUGAUUAUGAGAUAAUACAAAAAAUUUAUUGGUAAGCAAGUCAAUAACGAGAUAUUGUAGGAUUAAAUGGAAGAGAUAUGGGAAGAAGAGGAACAAAAAUAGAUGUCUUAAAUAUCUGUUACACAUUUUUUAACCAGAACUAAUGUUUUAAAUAACUCCGAUUGCAAAACAAUUUUGAAAUGUGCACGAAAUUUCGCGAUACUGAAAGUUUCGAAGGAAUAAUUGGUAAUACAUAUAGUACAUUAAAAAGGUAGGUCUCGGAUCAUUCACCUUUGAACCUUUAAGGUAAAUAGCUUGCAUUACGCGGAUUUCAAGGACUUCUGAGAGGCUCGAAACUUCAAAAGAAAGAAAGGUAUUUUGUUAAAAAUAUUAGGUCACCGAGCCUAUCGUCUUUAAAUCUUGAGUAGCAAAUCGCUUUCAUCCAGGGAUAUUAAUAACGAACAGAACAAAUUGUAAAGCUUACAGGUCGUAUCGAAAUCUCUUACUGAUUUUUUACUAAGAGACCCACUUCUCUGUAUUUUGUAUCCGUAAAUCUAACCUAUUACAAUUCCUUGAAAUUCCAAAACUCGAGUAUUCGAAAAACAUAGAAUUCGAUGAAUUCCUCCUUUAAAUUUAUAAAUCCCAGCUUUCCAAAACGGACAAGCUUAUGAAUUCCUUAUCCAACCUCACAGUUUUCGAAAAAACAUAGAAAUCAAGGAAUUUCUUCUUCAAACUCAAAAUUCCAGUAUUCGAAAAACAUGACAUCCUAUGAAUUAAUUUCUUUAUUUUCAAAAGCCCAGUUUUCGAUAAACGUAAAAUUCUUUAAAAUUUUCUUUCAAAUUACAAAAUUCCAGUUCUCGAAAAACGUUGAAUACUAUAAAAUCCUUAUUUAAAUCUCAAAAUCCCUGUCUUCGAAAAACGUAGAAUACUAUGAAUUCCUCUCUCAAAUAAAAAACAUCUUUUCAAAAAAUUUUGAGUACCAUAAACAGUUUUCGAAAAACGUAGAAUCCAAUGAACUCCUCCUUCAACUUCUAAAACCCAGCAGUCGAAAAUUUAAAUUCCAGUUUUCGAAAAACGUAGAAUCCAAUGAACUCUUCCUUCAACUUCUAAAACCCAGCAUUGGAAAAAUGGCGAAUACUAUGAUUUCCUUUUCCAAAAUCGCGGUUUUCGAAAAACAUAGAAUUUAAGGAAUUCCUCAUUCAAAUUCCUGAAUAAGAGUAAACUGCUAUGAACCCCUUCUUUAAAUUUCUAAAUCUCAGUUUUCGAAAAACGGAGUAUCCGAUGUCCCAUUCCAAUUCUAAAAUCGCAUUUUUCAAAAAUGAAGAAUUCUAUGUAUUCAUUUUUUAAGCUUCAAAAUCGCAGAAUUCUGUGAAUAUAUUGUUUAAAUUUCAAAAUAUUAUUUUUCGAAAAAUGUGGGAUACUAUCAACUUCUUUUUCUUAUGCUAACAACCCAGUUUUCGAAAAACUUAGAAUUCCAUGAAUUUCUUCUUUAAUUCUCAAAAUCCCGAUUUCCGAAAAACGUUUCUAUCAUGAAACCAUCCUCCGCUUUCACGAAAGUUAAUACAAACUUUAAGCAAUUAUAUAAAUGCCGUAUAAUUGCCAUUAAAGUAUUUGAUUAAUAAAUUUUGAAGGUUCAAUGGAAUACUGUUAUUUUAAUUUACUGAAAUAUAACGGGUAGUUUAUGAAAUUGAACCAUAAAACGAUUACAAAACAAAUAUUUCACAAAAGGAAUAUAUUCGAAUAUAAUCAAGUUCUAAAAACCCCAAAGCCUUAUAACAUUUUCCAAGUACUUGGAUCUAAUAGUAUCCCAGGAAGGGCAGGUGAAUAACUAAAGUACAACACUGUAGCGAAAUUACUUCAAAAAACACACUUUCGUAGUGAGAAACCAAGCUCUACCACAAUGGAGACUUGGUUUACCCAUUAUGGGAUCAAUGUAAAGGAUCAGGAAACAAGGAUUAUUAAAGGUGUUGAAAGCAGUGAGAUAUAUAUUGAACAUAACCUAGUAAAAGACAGGCGUCAUUUAUAGAUUACUUCAAAUAACUAUGAUCUAUUGAAAGAUCAGAUUGAGAUCAUGGGUUUCAGUUAUAAAAAUCAGAUUUCUCAGAGAUAAAAAUCGGUUAAAUGCUAAUACUUUUUUCAGGUUGUUUUUUUAAAUAUUAGAAAUCUUUUGAAUAUGAAAUAGAGAUGUCUUACAUACAGAAGUUCCGACUUAAGGAGUUUUAUUCUCUUGCAAAGCAGAAAACCCCUUUGUUUUUGUGAAAUUUUUGUAAAAAGGAAGUUUGUUUAAUAAAUAAUUUAAACUAAUCAACAAUCAUAGGAUGUACUUUAACCGUCCUUCAGGAGGUCUCCUUCACUCCUCAUACGACCGCGAUUACUGCCAAACCACAGAGACGCAACAAAAUCCUCUAGUCGCAGUGGUUCUAUUACGAACUCUCCAUUUUCUAUUUGAAAAUAUCGAAAUUAUUAUAGAAAAUCGUCUUCCCUCUAUCAUUACCUGACAAAUAUAUCGAGGGAGAUCGUGUAAAAAUGUAAAGACUAUAAAACCGUUUCGGUGAAGUUUGUCUCACGGGCUCUGAAAAUCUAGUUUCAAAAGAAAAGAAAAAAAACGCGUUUAAGGUUUUGGGAGUCGAUUACAUUAAGUUAAAGAAUUCUUUCAUUAAAUUCAUAUCUCCAAAACUCUUUGCGGGAUUAACAUAAAAUAUUGGUAAUAUAUUUUCAAAUAUAUUAUACAUUCUAUAUACUAUACGGGCGAAAAAAUUGAUUUUUUCUAUUUUUCGAAAUUCACAGGUGGAUAUCAGCCCUGUAAUAAUAAUAAAUAUUGAAACGAGACGCUUGAAAACAGUCAAAUAUUUGGAUUAAGGAAUAAACAAAUUAAAUUAAAAAACAAAAUUUUCAGGGGUUCGCAAGCGGUAAAUUAGAAAAAGAAUAUUGAGCGUUAAAUACCAUACUCUUCAGUGUAUAUAUCCUUAAGCUUCUAGUGAAUACCAAGUAAUGUAAAACUAAUCAAAAGAUAUAGAAAACAGAGCUAGGUUAAAAAAUCGCUGAAAGUAUAUAUAUAUAUAGAAAUUGUUAAAUCAAAAGUUGAGUACUUGAAGGAGAAAAAAACAUGAGAACGCAUUAGUGGUGGCAACAAAAGCAAGGCCUUGGCGCCAGCACGCAAUGGAGACGACUGUUUGGAAGCGUUAGAAUAACGUAAAAAUUCAUUGCAUGAAUUAAGAAGAAACCUUUAUAAACAGAGACUUAGUGAGAAAUUAAAAUAAAUUCUAACAUUUCGACGCUUAAACAGCAGAAACUGAAGCGACCGCACAUUGGCGGCAUAUUUCUGUGUUGCGUUGCAAUUAAAACGCCUUGCUUUAACUAAACUCAUACUCAUGCUUUCCCAUUACGACUAACUAAUGACUAAGCCGACAUUUAAACUAGUAAUUAAUUACAUGAGAAAUAAUAAAAAAAAAAACAAAAAAAAAAGUUAAAAUAAUAACAUUUAAAGUAAUUUUAAGCAGCUAAUGGCCUUAUUUCGUGAAUUCGUUUCAAUCACACUCACACACACA